UCAGCACACACUGGUUCAACUAUGAUUCACUUCAACGUAAUUGUAUUUCUCCUGGGUCUCUUCUCACCAUUGGUUUAUUCUCAUGGCUGUCGUAUGGAAGACGACGAAUGUGAGUUUAAGCUGGUAAUUUCCUAUAAAUUAACGAUGGUAGUCAAUCGUACCUUGGUAAAACCUUACAAUGGAAAACUCUACAGAUAUGAUGUUACUAGAUUUACGGAUGCUCAACCGAUACCAACUGAUGAAGUUAUUACUAUGGAUGGUUUCUCUGAGUCAGUUAAGGUGAUUGCAGUUAAUGGCACAGUUCCUGGACCAACAAUAGAGGUUUAUAAAGGACAAACGGUCAUCAUUGAAGUAGAAAACGAAUUAUUUUCAGAAGGUACAACAAUGCAUUGGCACGGCAUUCACCAAAAAGGAACACCUUAUAUGGAUGGCGUACCUUGGGUUACACAAUGCCCUAUUCUACCUGGUCAGUCGUUCAGAUAUGAAUUUAAUAUUACACAAACUGGAACCUUUUGGUACCAUUCUCAUCUUGGGACACAACGUAACAUGGGACUAUUUGGUGCUUUUAUAAUACACGAAAAGACAAAACCUAAAAUGGAAGAACAUGUGAUGUUAAUAACAGAAUACAAUCAUAACUGGGACGCCGAUAUGAGUAUCAUAAAACCACGUUUGGGACAUUAUUUGGAUGGUGAAAUGAUUGGACGGACGAAAUCUCUUGAUGGAGCAUUUUUUACUCCUUUAAACGUCGAUUCGGUGCUUGUGAAUGGUCGGGGCCGUUAUUAUGAUGAGUCAGGGAAACAUAAUGGGGCUCCACUGACUGUCUUUGAAGUAGAAUCAGGUAAAGAAUAUCGUUUUAGGGUGAUCGCUGCAGGGGCUCUGUACCCGUUUGAAGUAUCUGUUGAUGGUCACCAGAUAGUGAUCGUUGCCUCUGAUGGUUAUGGACUAAAACCAACACCUGUUGAUUACUUUAUCAUCAACCCCGGUGAGAGAUUUGACUUCACAAUACAUGCAAAUAACUCUGUCGGAAAUUACUGGAUCCGCGGACAGACACUGCAAAUGGGCAAAAAUAAUACAUUUGAAGCAAUUCUUCGAUAUAAAGGUGCACCGGUCGAAGAACCUAACUCCACAGUUUCUGACUGCAUUCAACAAAAGAACUGCACUUUACUCAACUGUCCCUUUCUUUAUAAUCCCCAUAAAAGUGAUAAACCAUGUUUAACUUUUGGUGACUUAGAAUCUAAUUAUCGAGAUGUACGCCCGCCUUUCCUGUCUGGAAAGUUUAAGGAACAUUUUUUAAAUUUUGCUUUUCCUGGUGAACCUGGGAACACACCUGCAUCAAUAAAUGGUCGGGUGUUCGUGGAACCCACGGUAAACCCUUUAACACAACCAAAUGAAAUAGAUAGUCCGUGUGAUAAUGCCAAUUGCGGUGUUGAUAAAAUGUGUCGGUGUACUUAUUCCAUAAGCCUGAAACCUGAUGAUACUGUCCAAAUUGUAAUGACAAGCUUAGGGAGAGGGAAUAGUGAUUCGCACCCUAUGCACCUACAUGGACAUUCAUUUUAUGUGGUUAAAAUGGGAUUUCCGAAAUACAAUGAAACAUCGGGACAAAUUUUAUCAAAUAAUAAAGAUAUUGAUUGCAGAGGUGACCCGAAAAAGAAUUAUUGUAACGAUGCGACUUGGUCAAACAGCAACUGGGAGGGAGACAACGUCCCCGGAAUAAAGUUAGAAAACGCUCCUCGAAAGGAUACAAUUAUGGUCCCUAAAGGGGGAUACGUUGUAGUGAGAAUAGUUGCAGACAAUCCUGGGUUAUGGUUGAUGCACUGCCAUAUUGAACUACACAGCAUGGGUGGAAUGGCUCUUGUUUUUAACGAAUCUUUCGCUCGUUUACCAGAAAUACCGGACAACUUGCCUAAGUGUCACAGCUUCAAGAAAGGAGUUUAUAAUAACAGAAAAGAUACUGGAAAAAAUGACAAAGAGAGAAAUGAUCAAAAUUAUAAUGGCGGUAUAAACGACCCAACAGUAAUAGUGGUACUCGGAGUUCUAUUCGGAGUUCUCUGCAUCCUGGUUAUUCUUGUUAUCGUUUUUCUUUCCGUUCUCAUUGCUGUGCUGAAACAGAGGAAAUGACUUUGGAAAACUUUUUGAAAGCAGCACGUCCAAAGAUAGAAGUGAGGGGAAAUGUGGCGGCAUAGUGGUGGUGGUGAUGGUCGUGGUGGUGG